CACGCGCACCAACCAUGGCUGCUCUGCUAUCCAUCCAUCCUCCCGCCUCCUAUAUAUGCUCCUCCCCCUCCCUCCUCACCGUCCCAUCUGCCUCCUCCUCCUCCACCACCUCCACACCGCCGGCCAAGCAGCACACCGGGUCCAACCAACGAGCGGGACGAGCUCGACGCAAGCCCAGCUCGGCAACGCAAUAAUGGCGAUCAAGAAGGGGGGCGCGGCGGGGCUGAUGCAGAUCCUGAAGCGGUGCUCCAGCCUGGGCCGCCGGCAGCAGCAGCAGCAGCAGAGCCACGGGUGGGAGGAGGAGGAGGAGGCGGCGCCGUCGGACGUGCCGCGGGGCCACUUCGCGGUGUACGUGGGCGAGUCGCGGCGCCGGUUCGUGGUGCCCAUCGCCGUGCUGGACCGGCCCGAGUUCCGCUCCCUGCUCCGCCGCGCCGAGGAGGAGUUCGGCUUCGGCGGCGCCGGGGACCUGCUCGUGCUCCCCUGCGAGGAGCUCGCCUUCCGCUCCCUCUGCUCCGCCUCCUCCCUCCCCUGUGCCGCCGCCCGCUGAGGCCCCAACCCGCCUCCAUUUCUUCGGUCCGUCGGUCCGGCCUGGCGCCAUUGCCAGGCGGGCCGACGGCCGGGUGCAGUGCAGUGCAGUGUGUGUAAAUACGAGUCCAUCGAUUCGACGUGGCGCAUGCGCGUAUUAGCGCGCGCCCUUGGAAGUCAACCGGCCGGCCGCCAUUGGUCGAUCGGUUGCUGCUGCGUGUGGAGAUAUCAUCAGACGGAUCGAGCCAUCGAGGAAGACGACGACGAGGACGACGGAGAGGAGGAGAUCUUUGAAGAGAGAUUUUUAGAGCUAGUGAUUGAUUUAUCACCGGCCGGUGUGUGGAUUAAUUUGCGUGUACGUUGUUUGUGACGUGUUCGAGUCCGGCCUAAUGCUCUCUGCCUCCUCCGGGAGUGCGUGAUUAGGCGAGGCGAACCGUCAUUACACCCCUUUUUUUGCACUGUGCAAGCGAAUUAAGAUGUGUUUGGCCGGCUAAGCUAGCUCUAGUGAACGAGAUAGUGCAACCGCAAAUGUGUACGUGCGUACGUGUGUUCCUUCUCCUCCCCUGGUUUGGGAAAUAAAGAAUGGUCGUUUUGUCAUGA